AACUCUUCCUGACUGAUUUGUUAAGGAGCAGACACUGGAUGUAUAGAAGCUUCAAGUUAGUUAAUGUUUGACAAUGCGCGAUGGAGUCCUUGACGUCGCGCCGCCGAGAAGCGCAGAAACAAGUUGCAAUUUCUGCUGCGACGAUAGCAACGUCAUCGCAUAUCAGCGCUGGCAAACGACCUGCUCAUCCACCUCCAAGACCUUCUUUACGUUUUCCGCCGCCACCAACUUAUCCGCCAGUAGAAGACGACUCCUAUCUUCAGGACGAAGAGGACGACCGUAUCCAAAUCUAUCCCCAUUACUACACUCAGCAGCAUGGCUCGAGAGGUUCAUAUGGCCGACAGCACCACCAAGCAGUUCAUUGGCGGCGUGACAAUAUUGCCGCAACAAUGGAACGAUUUGAACCAAGUGAUUAUUCGUAUGCUUAUUACGAACCAGGACCUGCCACUAGACAUAGUCUCAGUAGUGGAGGCAGUGGAAGCAGUAGUAGUCAGACUACGAGGUGUCAUGUACAUAGUAACAGCAUUACCAAUCCUAGGCCUUCGACGUCAUCAGCGCGAGAACCAAUUAUGUUACGGAGCAGGCACGACUACAUAACGCGCUAUGGUACACAAGAAAAUAUAUACGAAGAGAUCUCAGCUGGUCUUCAGCGCUCUGCGAUAUCGCUAGGGCAGAGCGUUGUGGAGGAAGAAUUGCGACGCGUGCAACAUAGGCAUCGGCGCGUUUUAGGUGAACUCAAUUUGAGCGUAGAGGCUAUGCUCAUGCCUCCGGCCGAUUCGCCUGAUGAAGACCAGACGACGGGAUUAGAGCCCGAAUUGCCUGUCGGUCCCACGGACGAACUGUUGUCACCAGCUCCCGCGGAUCCUGAUAGUGGAUUCAGCGGCAGCAGUAGCGGUGCCAGUUACGUGGGUAGUCUGAGGUAUCGCACUCAUAAAUCCGAACCCCCAAUGCAUCAUUUACAUCAGCAGCUAGAUCCCCAAGAUCUUGCCGGACACGGGGCUAUUACGACUACCCUGAAUAGCCCGACGGCGCCAACGACGACGUCCACUUCGGUGAAGGGCUUCUGGAAAAAGGGUUGGAAAAAGUUCUCAUCCAGUUCCAGCAACGUGAACAAAUCUGCGAGUGCAGCGGCGGCAAACAACAACAGUGGCGGUUUCCGUGGUGCUCAUUUGACUGAACGAGAAAAGCUAUAUAUUUAUACCAUCCAUUAUACUGUGGAUGCGUAGUGGAGCUUUACAAAGACUUAAACAAUUAUUAGUGAACAAACAAUGUGAAAUUAAAGACUUUGCGAUAUACGAAUAUUUAAUGCCUUUUCUUACAGAACAUUUUAAACAAUUAAAUUUUAUUGAAUGAAUCACUCUGAUUAUUUGAUAUUGUGAGAUUUGGGAAACAUAAAUUCACUAAAUGUAUAUAUGAAUGGGACCGUCACUUUGAUAGAUUAACGAGAAGUUAUUAAUUAUACCGAAAAGAAAUAAUUGUGUGUUUUCUUAGUAACAUUUGUUUUUCGUUCUCGUGCUUCACUCGAAAUAAAUCAUCUAGAAAUUUUCAUGAAGCGAACUGUGGUGAAUUGUUUUCGUGAUAUUUGUGAUGAACUUCUCGUAAGGACAUAUCACGUUGUAUUUUCUAGUGCAUUUUGAAUCUAUUUUAAAGUUUAUUAUAUUUAUAGCAAGUUAGGCACAUGACGAUAGCAAAUGUUUUAUUUAUUAUAACUCUUAGAAACUAAAAUUGUU